AACUCGACGGUCGGGGAUAUGCUCGCGUGCUCGGAGCCGGAUCACGAGACGCUGGGCGCCUGAAGGGGGCUGACGCAGGCCACCACGGGGCAUCGAGCAUAACAACACCACCGAGCCCGUCCAGGCCUCGAUAUCGGGACUUGUCUCCCACCACCACCAUCGCCGCCGCCAUGGCCGACAGCAAACCCAACCGCGCAGCCCGCCCGCUCUCUGGCUCCCGCUCCUUCGCCGCGUCCCAGUCGCUCUUCCCCCAGGGUACAGCCAUGUCGACCUCGCGCCCAUUUCUUAACAUGCUCAAUCCCAUGGGCAGGACGUACCAGGGAUACAUGAUGGCGAACCAGUCGCCCGUGGAGGAGGCGGAGGAGGAGGAGGCGCUCGCGCAGCGCAACGAUCUCGAGGCCGGUGGCGCCGCGCACACGCGGCGGGUGUCCUGGGAUGCGGGGGCGGAGCUGGACGCUGUGCGGCCGAAUGCGCGCGGCUCAGAGAGGGAGGAGAGCGAGGACGACGAGGUGCCGCAGAGCUUCAUGAUCGAGGACGCCACGCGCCAGCGUGCGGGGAAGCAGAAGGGCAAGGCGCGCGAGGUCCCCCGCGGCCAGCCAUUGUACUCUGCUGGGAGUGGUCGCAGUCCGCCGCCAGUGCUUCCCCUCCACAAUGUCUCUGUCCCACCCCGACCAUCAGAGGUCGACGUCGAAGAGGCGCGAGCGCCUAGCAGUUCGCAUGACGAGGAACAAACAACGCGUAUGCGUCCACAGAUGCGGGGUUUAGACGCAUACGAGAAGGCGCUGUGGAAUUGGGUCAACGUCUACAACCUGGAUGGGUUCUUGCAAGAUGUGUACAACUACUACGAGGGGAAGGGGAUCUAUUGCAUCGCGCUCUCAAGGGGGCUGAAUCUACUGACCGUCGGCUUCGUUAUUGCCUUCUCCUCAUUCCUCAUCGGCUGCGUCGAUUACUCGAGAAUCAAGCCCGAGAAGUCAACGCGCCUGUCCGACGUCGUAGUGCACCAAUGCGUAUCGAAAUUCUCGGGCUUCACGCUGCUAUUCUUCAUGCUCUUUACUGCAUUCUAUGUCUGGCAGAUAGUCAUGUUCGUGCUCGGUGUCAGGCGACUCGUCGACAUGUAUCACUUCUAUACCCAUCUACUCAAGAUACCAGACUCCGACAUCCAAACCAUCCCCUGGUCCGAAGUCGUCCGCCGCAUCGGCGCCAUCCGCGAAGAAAACCCCCUCACCGCCAUCUCCUCCAAGAACUCACGAAACACGAACGACACCACCACCGCCAAGCUCGACGCGCACGACGUCGCGAACCGCAUCCUCCGACAGGAGAACUACCUCAUCGCGCUCUUCAACAAGGAGCUCCUCGACCUGCGUGUGCCGCUGCCCAGGUUGCUCAAGCGCUUCGUGCCGGAGGAGCGGGGGAAGGGGAAGAUGCUGACGAAGGCUUUGGAGUGGAAUUUGCGGUUCUGCCUGAUGGAGUACCUGUUUGACCGGCAUGGGCGCGUGCGGAAGGUCUUUCUAAAAUCGCGGAACCGCGCGCCUCUUAUUGAGGGCCUCCGGCGCCGAUUUAUCUUUAUGGGUAUUCUUAAUGCGGUCUUUGCACCAUUCAUUGUAUCAUUCAUUCUCAUGUAUUCAUUCUUUCGGUACUUCGAGGAGUAUCACAAAGACCCAUCUACAAUCGGAGGCCGGCAGUACACACUAUACGCGCAGUGGAAGUUCCGCGAGUUCAACGAGCUGCCACACUUCUUCAAGCGCAGACUGCACGAGAGCUAUCCAGUCGCGACCAGCUACAUCGGCCAGUUUCCGAACGAGAAGAUGAAGCUCAUCAUGAGAUUCGUCGCCUUCGUCGCGGGCUCCUUCACCGCCGUGCUCGUGCUCGCCUCCAUCGCCGACCCCGACCUCGUCGUGCAUUUUGAGAUCACGCCGCAUGGCACGGUGCUUUUCUGGAUAUCCGUGUUCGGUGGUAUUCUCGCCACGGCGCGGGGCAUGAUCCCGGACGACCAUGAUGUGUUCGACCCGGAGCAGUUGAUGAUGGAGGUUAUCACGCAUACGCAUUAUAUGCCGGACGAGUGGAAGGGGGAGUUGCACAGCAAGAAGACUCACGCCCAGUUCGGCGAGCUCUUCCAGAUGAAGAUCCUCAUCUUCGUGCAGGAGAUCUUGUCGGUCUUGCUCACGCCAUUUGUGUUGUGGUAUUCGCUGCCGCCAUGCGCGCCUGCGAUCAUCGACUUCUUCCGCGAGUUCAGCGUGCAUGUCGAGGGUCGUGGCUACGUCUGUAGCUUUGCGGAAUUCAACUUCGAGCGGCACGGGAAUGUCAAGUUCGGCGCGCCGAAGAAGGUGCGGGACAAGCGUAUGGUGUCGAACGAGGGCAAGAUGGAGAAGAGCUUCUUGAACUUCAAGGCAGCGAACCCCGACUGGAACCCCUCAGACCCAACCGGCUCGCUCUACCUCAGCAAGAUGGCCGACAUCACGGCACACCAGCACCCUUCGACCGCUCGCCGGCGCUCCGCGCACCUCGAUCACAGCACCUUCAUUACCCCGCCCGACGCGUCAACAAUGACUGAGCGCGCCCAGGAGUACGAUCGCGCGCUCCUGCAGAGCCAACACGCUGCCCGUCGGCGACAUGGUGCGGGGAGUGUCCUCGGCAUGUCUACUCUACAACCACCGGGCGGGAUGGCUUCGUCGGUGUACACGGGCCCUGGGAUGGCACAGACGGCAGUGCUGGGCGACUCGCAGGGGAGCGUGAUGCUGCAGGGACGGCCAGAAGGAGGCCACGGGCAGAUCUCCGAGGACGAUCUCGCGGCGGAUGGAGGCGUCGCGAGCGGGUUGGAGGGCUCGUAUGUAGAUGGCGCGAGGCGGGCGCGGCCAUAUGGGGACGGGCAGGAGGAGGAAGAGGAGGAGGAAGAUGGCGGUGUGCUGGGGUUGUUGGCGCAGAUCUAUGGGGGGCGGCAGGGGCCCACGCGUGUUCUGUGAGAGCGAGAGGGUGUCGUGAUGUAGACGGACAUGUCCUAGAGUGAACCACGUUCGUUGACCUGUACAUACUACACGAGCAUCUGAGAUGAGACUACAUUCUGACUCGUUGG